UACAAAAUACAGUUUGACCGUUGUCAUCACUUUUUCGACCAACAUCUGGACUGAAUUCUUAUCGUGAUUGCAUCGUUUUCAUAGAAGAAAUACAGCUGAGACUUGUGUAACCUCAUAAAACCCCAAGGGACAGCACUGAUCCCUGCUGUUUCAACUCUUCUGUUGAUUGCUAUGACGGCUUCCACGGAGUCCACUGCGGCCACUAAGAGACGUGUCAAGUCCACCACCAAUAGAAUAGGAUCUACUGAAAAAGUGGAGCAGGGGCAAUGGGGAAGAGCCUGGGAAGUGGACUGGUUCUCUCUGACCAGUGUGAUCCUGCUCCUCUGCCUAGCCCCUUUCAUCGUCUUCUUCUUUGUCAUGGCCUGUGACCAGUAUCAGUGCUCCAUCACCUGGCCUCUCCUGGACCUUUACGGUGGCAAGGCCACCCUUAUGUCCAUCUGGAACCGGGCUCCCUCCAUCACCUGGACUGCUGCAAAAAUCUACACCAUCUGGGUCACCUUCCAGGUGGUGCUUUACAUGUUUGUCCCUGACGUCACUCACAAGUUCCUUCCAGGCUAUGUGGGUGGAGUUCAGGAGGGAGCACGCACACCAGCAGGUCUCAUAAACAAGUAUGAGAUAAAUGGCCUGCAGUCUUGGAUCAUAACCCACGCUCUGUGGUUUGCCAAUGCCUAUCACUUCCAUUGGUUCUCCCCCACCAUCAUUUUUGACAACUGGAUUCCUCUGCUUUGGUGCACCAACAUCCUAGGCUAUGGUGUGUCUACAUUUGCCUUUGUCAAGGCGUACCUCUUCCCCACCAAUGCUGAGGACUGCAAAUUCACUGGGAAUUUCUUCUACAACUACAUGAUGGGGAUCGAGUUCAAUCCCCGCAUUGGGAAGUGGUUCGACUUCAAACUCUUCUUCAAUGGAAGGCCUGGGAUUGUCGCCUGGACGCUCAUAAACUUAUCUUAUGCUGCCAAACAGCAAGAGCUCUAUGGACAAGUGACAAACUCCAUGAUUCUGGUCAAUGUGCUUCAGGCAGUCUAUGUCUUGGAUUUCUUCUGGAAUGAGGCAUGGUACCUGAAGACCAUUGACAUCUGUCACGACCAUUUUGGCUGGUACCUGGGCUGGGGGGACUGCGUCUGGCUGCCCUUCCUGUACACCCUGCAGGGCCUGUACCUCGUCUACCACCCGGUGCAGCUGUCUACUGCCAAUGCUGUCGGGGUCCUCCUCCUGGGCUUGGUAGGGUACUAUGUCUUCCGCAUGACCAACCACCAGAAAGACCUUUUCCGCCGCACCGAGGGUAACUGCACCAUCUGGGGCUGCAAGCCAGCCUACAUCGAGUGUACCUACAGCUCGAUGGAUGGGCAGACACACCACAGCAAACUGCUGAUCUCAGGCUUCUGGGGCGUCGCCCGCCACCUCAAUUAUACGGGCGACUUGAUGGGCUCACUGGCUUACUGUAUGGCCUGUGGUGCCGGCCACCUGUUGCCCUACUUCUACAUCAUCUACAUGACCAUCCUGCUGGUGCACAGGUGCAUCCGUGAUGAGCACCGUUGCCACAGCAAGUACGGCAAAGACUGGACACGUUACACUGAUGCUGUGCCUUACAGGCUGCUACCUGGGGUCUUUUAAAAAAGCGUUGGGGGUUGGCCCAGCUAAGAUGUAAUUGUUUUGCUGCUGCUAUGAUACCACAACAUGACAAUGUUCCCUCAAAGUUUCACAGUUGCUGUAUGAAUGUUAUGAAUUAGCUGAGGGUCCUUGCAUGGUGUAUUUCUCCUUUGUUGUGAUGAAGAAGACAGAAAUGAGCCACUGACGUAGUACUAGGGAAAGGGAAAUAGAUCACAUUCCCUGAAACUUUUUAGUUAAUAUACAGUACCGAUCAAAAGUUUAGA